AUGGAAGCCGCUACUUUUGAUGAGGUACUCGCACUCGAGGAAACGUUCUACAAUGAUGGGUAUCAGCAGGGGAAGGCGGAUGGGGUCAAAGCAGGACGGAUUGAAGGGCGCACGUUCGGUUUGGAGAAAGGGUUUGAAAAGUUCGUCGAGAGUGGAAGACUUUAUGGCAAAUCUCUCGUUUGGGCAAAUCGAAUGCCGCAGCUUCAGGAAUCCGGAGGUGCAGAUGUUGAAACAACACCAACCUCUUUAUCACAAAAGCUUCCUCCGCUGCCCAACAAUCAGAGAUUAGUCUUCCACGCCCUGGCCGAGUCGGAAAGCCUUUCGACUGAGAAUUCAGAAGAUGCCGUCUCUGACUUUGACGACCGUUUCAAGAGAGCUCAAGCCAAGGCCAAGGUCAUUGAAAGAUUGGUAGGAGAGACCAAGGGAGACUUGGACAGUUCUGGGAAGAUAAUCAAUGGCAACGCAAAUAUUGAGGAUACAAGUAUUCGAAAUGCAAUACAAUGA